CAUUGACGUGUAAAUGGGGGUGGCCCGGGCCUUCGGAGGGGGAUGUCCUUCGCUUUUUGUCGCUUUUCGCUUCUUAUCACACCCUCUCUCGUAUUCAACAUUGGAAUUGUUUUGUUUUUUACUCUUCUGCCGAAUAUUUAAAGGAUUUCGAGGCGUGUUAGUCGACGCCGUAUUCCGCCGUCUCCCCCCGGGUUUCCCUUUAACGAUUGUAACGUCCUAACGUCCAGCUGAUUGCAUUGAGGAGCAGCGUUCAAUUCUGUCCCUUUUUUCCCCUUUGAGGCUUUUUGUUCGACUUUUGCGUUAACCGUGGCGCUUUUUCGCUCGAUCUCACUGCCUCUUUCUAGCCUCUCCUGGACCAUAAACCCUCUAGUUGUUUUGUCUUUCCGUGCAGCUCGAAUGCGGGAUCGUUUUUGUCGCUGAAAAGAGCCAGGCCGCAAACGAAGCCUCGCGUUUUCUUGACGGGUUGCUCCGGGUCAGACGCACCAGUCAUGGGCGACACCAGCGAACGCAGCAAAGCCUCUACUCUCCCUCCCCGCUGUCCGUGCGGAUUCUGGGGAUCCAGUAAAACCAUGAACCUCUGCUCCAAGUGCUUCGCUGACAUCCAGAAGAAGCAGCCAGGGGAGGAGUGCAGCUCAAAGCCUCUGCAGAGCUCUGGCAGUGGGGCGUCGGUGUUCAGUGCAGACCCCAGCACCUCAUCCCCCCCUUCCCCCUCUCCUUCCUCCUCCUCCCCCUCCUCCUCCCCCUCCAUCAGUUCCACGUCGCCCUCAUCCUCACAGCCCGGCUCCAGCUCUGAGGCCUCCGCCGCACCAGAGUCACCGCUCAGCUCCAGGGAAGGAACUUCAUCCACAGACACAGCCCAGGGCACCCUCUGCAACCCCACCAAACGCCCUCGGGAGUCGGCUGCAGACACGGACAGCGAGGCGACCCCAGAGAAGCGCUCUCGGAUGGGGGAUAAAGACGAUGGAUUUGAAGGUGGCUCAACUCCCAAACAGAAGAACCGCAGACGCUGUUUCCGCUGCCAGACCAAACUGGAGCUGGUGCAGCAGGAGCUGGGCUCCUGUCGCUGUGGCUACGUUUUCUGCAUGCUGCACCGUCUCCCUGAGCAACACGACUGCCUCUUUGACCAUUUGGGCCGCGGCCGCGAGGAGGCCGUCCUGAAGAUGGUGAAACUGGACCGCAAAGUGGGCCGGUCCUGCCAGCGCAUCGGAGAAGAGUGCUCCUGAUCCCCCCCCCCCCCCCCCCCCCCCCCAGAGGAACCCACAGGAACACCACGAGGAGGAGGAGGGCUGACAAUAAACAAACUGAAAAGCAUUAUAACGCAUCUGACUUCUCUGCUCCUGUUUUCGCGUUUGGAACUUGUCGUUUUAAGGUUCAGUUUCAAAAGAGACACGGGAAAAGGUGUUCAUUUGGAGUGUUUUUGGAAGAAGCAUGCUGUGGAAUCCCAACCCAGGGAUGACUACAAACAUGGAGGAUACAUCUCACCAACUUCAGUCAGUUUUAUACAAUUUCAGAGAUUUUUCAUUUAGAUUUCCAGUAAGUUCAGACCCAGAGGCAUCGUGGGCCUAAGUGAGGGAAGAGUGGAUGACUUGAGAAGCUACAAAAAUGGCGGUUUGAGUCUUUUUGUUCAUGUCACUGUUGUUUGAGAAGAAUUGUGAAGGAGAAUGGGACAAAUGUGUGAUAAAAUAUUUGGAUUUCAUCACAUGCCUCAACGUAAUUCCCAAGAAAACUUUUCAAUAUUUAGAAUUAUUGUGGAACUUAAACAACAAAAAUUGCGGCCAUAAUUAUAGCUUCCUUACACUUUUUCAUUUGUUCAUCUCACUGGUAAAAUCAAAGAGGAGAUUUGAUGAAGUGAGCAUUUCUAAUCAACACAAAAAACUACAAAUAUGACGGGUAUUGGAAAUGUAAUUAGUCUGUGUGCAUGAAUAAUGGACACAACCACAAAAACUACAAAACAUGGUGGACACAGUUUUCCACAUUUUAGAAGAAUUAGUUAUUCACAUUCACUGGUGGGAGGAAUUAUUUGGAUAUUGAUUCAUAUUUUGAAGAAAUUUUUCAAAACAAGAUAUGACCUGCUUUUCUUCACUUUUGGGAAAUUUGUGUUGAAUUCUUCUGCUCUUCUCUAAUUCAAUAAUGAUAAUUAAUAGAAAAACUGAAAACAUUUUUAUUUCUAACUAUUCCAAAGGUCCUGUCCACUUUCCAAGCCUCAGGUUAAAAAUAUGUGCCCAGAAUUUAAAGUUUGUGUUUCUCAUUUUAUAAUGACUCAUUUUGAAAAGAUCUGUAGUUCUUCAAAUGCCACUUCUCACCUCUUCCUCCAUUUUCGAUUUUUGAAUUUUGUUUUCGCCACAAACUUGUAAAGUUUUGUAGUACAUUUAAAAUGUAAUUUCCCCGUUUUAUUAGUUCCAACUUCCCAAAUGGUACUUAAUAUUUUGUGUAUUCGAAAUGACAGCAAAGUUUCACCAAAAAUAAUUCCCUCACCAUUCAGUGCUCCCCAUCUCUCCUUUAAACAACUCUCUAAUUUAUUUUAUUUUAUGAUGUAUGCGUGGGGAACGGGGAUGAAAUUUCAUAUAUUUUUUGGGGAAUUCAAAUUUUGUUGCAACAUGUGAACAUACCAGGCCUCAAUUACACAAAACUUGAAAUUAAGAGCAAGUGUUUUGAACUUAAAACAGUUAUAUUUAAAAAAACAAUUGUGGAUUUGUAGAAAAAAAUAAAUAAAAUGUUAUAAUAUAAAAGAAUGAAACACAUUCCUAUUUUCAUUCACUUGAUGCCUGUUUUGUUUACAGCAAAAAAAUAACCUUUACUGAAGUUAAUUUUCAAGUUCUAGCUGAAUAUUCUAGACAUUCAUUUAAAACGAUUCUUUACCUUCAUGAAACAAAUCACAUCUUUUUUAAAAUUCUAAUCGGUAGAUUUCAAAUGUUUCAAAAAUAACUUUAGUUGCAGAAGUUGAAAAUGUUAAUUUACAAUGGAUGGUUACUUUUAUGAAACUAAUUGCAUUUUAAAGGUACACUAUGUAACUUUUUACUCCCACCAUCAGCUCGUCACACACUCAUACACUCAUACUCUCACUCAUACACUCAGACACUCAUACUUCAGUGUGUGGUGGGGGUUAAGUGUCUUGCCCAAGGACACAACAGCAAUCAUCUGUGUGAGCUGGGAUGGCACCACCAACCCAUCGGUCAGUGGAUCUGACCAUUGUGCCAAUGAUGUUUAUGUCAAGAGCGGGAUUCAAACUGCCAACUUUCAGAUCCGUGAACAAACACCAACAGAGCUACUGUCACUCGCAAUGUUCCACACUAUGGCAUUAAUAAACGUAUCUAUCUAGUACAAGUGUGACAAAACUGAAACUUGGCCUGUCUAUUAUGUCUAUGGACGAUGGGCUUAAUGGCAUACUGUGGAACAUUCAAAGCACUAACAUAUCUUCAUGGAAUAAAAUAGCUGGCAGACCCUUCGCCAGAAAAAGUGAUGCUGGCGAUAUCCGUUUCUCAAAGCCAAAAAAGCCGAAAAACUACAUGUAUGACACUGGAAAUCUAAUUGGUUUGUGUAGAUGAAUAAUGGGCGAAACUACAAAAAUGGUUUUCAAAGCACUAACAUCUUCAUGGAAUAAAACUGGUCGCAGACCCUUCACAAGAAAAGUUACAUAAUGAACCUUUAAUUUGAAGUCAGUCUUUUCACAAAGUCAAGUCUGCUUCCAUAAAUUUGACAAUAAGUGGUUUUGUAAUUGUUUAUUAUGUUUUCUUGCGUUGAAAUUCUGGACCUCUUGGAUACAACCCUUGGAGUUUAUCCAGUAAUCUUCCUGAUCAUCUUUUCUGAAAUGGCGGUACGGGACUCCAUGACAUUUUGGAUUUUCAAAAUAUAAGCAGGACUGUGGCGCCAGCUCAAACUAUGCUAACGCCUCCCUCUGCGUACACAAGGGAUCUUAUUUUGAGAUUUGGAGAAAAGCAGAGAAAAGUUGUUGUUGGUUUUUUGGAGUGCGUGAUGCGAUGGAUGACGUUUCUGUACCUUUUGAAGACAAAUUAUUUAACCUCAUAAUGUUUGAGUUACUUACACUUAGCAUAGAGCGGCUUCUUUAGUUUCAUGUGUAAAAGAUUCUGUCCUAAUUUCUCCUUAAUUUUAUCGUGUUCCAUUUUCAGCGAGGAAUAAACUGGAUUAGAGGAA